AUUUCCCUCAUCAGCUCACUCGUCUCUUCCCUCUCCUUCGCCAUCUCUCUGUUGGAAAGGAAAAGGGAGAACUUUUCGCUCCCCUUCCCACGCCCUAAGCCUGACCAUAAACCUUUCGGCGGAAGAAGGGAUGCAGCCAAGCAGUAGAGAGAUGCAGGGCAUGGCGGGGUCCAUGAACGGCGGCAUCUCCCACUCCGCGGCAGUCGCCCAGAUCGCCCUCAGGGAGCUGCAGAACGGCCACGGCGGCCGGCAGAUCCCGAACUCUGGCCCGCAGGCGUCGUUCGACGACGGCGCCUCCGGACACGACGACUUCCUCGACCAGAUGCUCUCCAGUCUGCCAUCCUCCUGGGCCGAGCUCGGGAACCUCAAGACCCCCUGGGACCCUCCGGAGGCCGGACAGAGGAUCUUCGGCGCCGGCCUCGCCGGCGAAACGUCUCCGGAGGAGCCGUCCGCGGCCGCGGCGGAGGGGAUGCGGUACCCACCGUACGACGAGUCGUCGCUGCUCGCCAACCGGCUCAGGCAGCACCAGAUCAGCGGCGGGAGUUCGCCGAACGGGAAGGCGAUGAUGGUCCAUCUCGACCACCAGAGCCAGCAGCAGUUGCUUCUCCCGUCGUUGGGGCGAUCGCCGGUGGCGUCCGGCGACUCCGGGCUUCUUUCGCUGCCACUGACGCUCGGGACCGGUGGUUACGACGUCGACGCCCCCUUCAAAUCCCUCAACCCCACCGGCGGCGAGGGACUUUUCAAUGGACUCGGAGGACCGCUGCAGCGCGCUCAAUCGGCUUUCGGUCAUCCCCAGCACCAGGGCGGCGCGUCGAUGCCGAGCCAGAACUUUACAGCAGCGGCAGCGACGGGGGGAGUGGGGCAAGCUGCAUCAGCGUCGGCGUCGGCCUCAGCGUCCGCAGGCGGUGGCACGGGGCCGCCGAGGCAGAAGGUGAGGGCUCGGAGAGGCCAAGCCACCGACCCCCACAGCAUCGCCGAAAGGCUUCGCAGGGAAAGAAUCGCGGACAGGAUGAAAGCACUGCAGGAGUUGGUGCCCAACGCUAACAAGACGGACAAGGCAUCGAUGCUGGAUGAGAUCAUCGACUACGUCAAGUUCCUCCAGCUCCAAGUCAAGGUUCUGAGCAUGAGCAGGUUAGGCGGGGCUGCGGCAGUGGCACCACUCGUGGCCGAUAUGUCCUCGGAGGGACAGAGCGGGGCGGGAAGUGGCGGAGCAAACAGCAGCGGCGACACCCUGACGGUGACGGAGCACCAAGUGGCAAAGCUGAUGGAGGAGGACAUGGGAUCGGCGAUGCAGUACCUCCAGGGGAAGGGCCUCUGCCUCAUGCCCAUCUCCCUCGCGUCCGCCAUCUCCACCGCCACCGCCUGCCCUCCUCGGCCCCCUUCCUCCUCCUCCCUCUCUUCCGCCGGCGCCUGUCACCUCGGCCACGGCAUCCUCCCGGGCGGUCCUCACCUUCCCAGUCCCUCCGGCGACGCACCUGCCUCCCCCGGCGUGUCCGCUCUUACGGCGCAGUCCGCCAUGGCCAAUGGCGCCGCCGAAGCCGCCAAGGAGGCCGUCACCGUCUCCAAAGCCUGAUCCCGUGGUAGAGGAAAGGGAUGGAACGAAGAAAAGAAGAGGAGCAAAAGUGGAUCGACUUUGCUAACGAGGACGAGGAGACGUCGAGCAAGCAAGCAAAAAAAAAAAAAAAGAAUGUCGGUUGUGGAAAUGGGAGGACCUGAGUUGGACUUUGACAUCCGUAUCUUGGUCUUUGGACUUUGGGACGAUAGUGUGUCGCCACAAAGUAUCUCUCUCUCUCUCUCUCUCUCUCUUCAGCUUUUCCUACUUUCCUCUUCUCUAUUUGUAUCAACUUGCCAACUUUUUCUCUUUCCUAAUAUCAUAGUCUAUCCUCUCUGUUUGAUGUCAA